AUUGAAAAGUGAGUGAAAAAAGAUUUAUUAUGUAUGCGGUAUAACUGCAGCAUAGAGUAUCUUUUUAUACUGGAACUACAGCAAACCGAGAACUCGUUCGUUAAAUAAAGUUUAAUUUAUUAAAUUUUAUUUGCAAUGCCCGAAGUAGAGAAACUGUCUCUGACGGAGUUAUAUACUUCUGAGAAAAAUGGAAACGACCAGACUGGCGAUGGAACGGCAGAGAAGCCGUUUAAAACAAUUUUGAAAGCUAUGCGACACGCUGGAAAUGAGCCGUUUCCAACAAUUUUCGUUGAUGCAAAAGAAGAUGGAAAAUUGUAUGACGUCGCUGCAAAGUCCCAACUAAAGAAAAUUCAUAAGAUAUGGGUAAGAGAGAACUACAAAGCGUCAGACAAAGCUAAAGCAGAGGAAGAAACCAAUCAGAAACGGCAACAGAACAUUGAAGAAGCUAAAAAAGUCGAAAUCAAAGAAGAUCCCAGUCUUCCGAAAGCUAAAGUGAUUAAAAUAUUCCAAGCUGGAGAAUAUAGAGGUCAGCGAAUAUGUAUCCGAGGGUGGGUACAUAGACUCAGAAGGCAGGGUAAAGCCCUAAUCUUUAUCACUUUGAGAGAUGGAACUGGUUACUUGCAAUGCAUACUCCAUGGCAUUCUUUGUCAGACAUACAAUGCCCUUGUGCUGUCAACGGAAUCAUCUAUUGUUUUGUAUGGAACGCUUGAAGCAGUUAAGGAAGGCCAAACAGCUCCAGGUGGUCACGAAAUGACAGCAGAUUACUGGGAGCUGAUCGGGCUUGCCCCUCCAGGUGGUGCGGAUGCUAUCCUGAAUGAGGAGGCCUUGCCUGAUGUACAGUUGGACAACAGGCACAUAAUGAUCCGUGGGGAGAACACGUCUAAAGUGUUACGCGCGCGUGCGGCGGUGACGCGCGCUUUCCGCGAUCAUUUUGCCGCGCGGCAUUAUACGGAGGUGACGCCGCCGACGCUAGUUCAAACUCAGUGCGAAGGCGGCAGCACGCUGUUCGACUUCCAAUACUUCAGUGAGAAGGCAUACUUGACUCAGAGUUCGCAGCUGUAUCUGGAAACUUGUCUUGCGUCAUUGGGCGACGUGUACUGUAUAGCGCAGUCCUAUCGUGCAGAACAAUCCAGGACAAGGCGACAUCUAGCCGAAUACAGUCACGUAGAGGCCGAGUGUCCUUUCAUAACAUUCAAUGACCUGCUGGACCGGCUCGAGGAUCUCGUGGUGGAUGUGGUGGAACGAGUGCUCGCCUCGCCUGAAGGUCACUUGGUGUACGAGCUGAACCCUGACUUUAAAAAGCCACAGAAACCAUUCAAAAGGAUGACUUACAAGGAUGCUAUUGAGUAUCUCAGAGAGAACAAUAUCACUAAAGAAGAUGGAUCUUUCUAUGAAUUUGGUGAGGACAUCCCGGAAAUGCCCGAGCGCAAGAUGACGGACGCGAUUGGUGUCCCGAUACUUUUGUGUGAAUUUCCUGCGGAGAUAAAGUCAUUCUAUAUGUCGAGAUGUUCUCACGAUAGACGCGUUACGGAAUCUGUGGAUGUGUUGAUGCCCGGCGUCGGCGAGAUCGUCGGUGGUUCUAUGAGGAUAUGGGACCACGAACAACUCUUAGAAGGGUAUAAGCGUGAAGGAAUCGACCCCACCCCAUACUAUUGGUACACGGAUCAGCGUAAGUUCGGCAGCGUACCUCACGGCGGUUACGGGCUGGGGCUGGAACGGUUCCUGUGUUGGCUUCUCAAUAGAUAUCACAUAAGGGAGGUCUGCCUCUACCCGCGCUUCUUGGAGAGAUGCACGCCAUAAAUAUUUAUCGAAUAAAUUAAAAUAAAACUGUUUGCUUUGCCUUUUUUGUUUUAUUCCAAAUGCAUGCUUGGUUCUAGACUCGAAAGCUGUUUAUUAUGAUGCCUUUGCCGGUUUUUCAUAAAAAGUUCUAGUCGCUUGACUUUUAAUUAUUUCCAUGUAUUUUUUUUUUUUAUAAAUCACUUAUGAUUUUUAUUUUGCUGAACUGAAUGUUAAAAUUAAUUGUAUAAUAGAGUAAGUUUAUGGCUCGAGUUUUCUCACACUCGUAAAACCAGUUCUAAAACUUGAUAAAAUCUUGAAACUGGAAAUCAUAGCUACGACUAAAAUAAGAUUAGGUUUUGGUGGCAUAGUUAAAUCUAAGCCAAAGAGAUUUGAAUAUAUAAACUUAUUGUUUUGUGAUAAUUUUAUUUAUGUAUGUUUUUUUUAAUCUACAACGCUAUGUUUUAUAAAUUAAUAAAUGAAACUAUUGCCAAUAGCACAUACUAUAUUUAUUGUGGUGUGAAAAUAAAUCAUAUUCUCAUAUUCUAUUAUAUCAUUACAAUGUUUAACCUAAUGAAAUAAUAUUCACAUUGUAUAUUUUAUCUAUUAGUAAUGCACUGUAUUUUCAUUAAGGUUAUUCUACUUUCUAAAAUAAAGUACCAUUAAUUGAGU